AUGUCAUCACCUCAACAAAUUGUUAAUUCAUUUCAACAAGCCUUGAAUUUAUCAGGAUCUCCAAAUGCUGUUUCUACAUCACCAACUCAAUCAUUCUUAAGUCAAUAUGUCCCAAGUAAACCAGCUAAAGCUUUAAAACCUUUCAAAACUGGUGAUAUCAAGAUUUUAUUAUUGGAAAAUGUUAAUCAAACUGCCAUAAAUAUUUUCAAAAAUCAAGGUUAUCAAGUUGAAUUUUAUAAAUCAUCAUUACCAGAAGAUGAAUUAUUGGAAAAAAUUAAAGAUGUUCAUGCAAUUGGUAUUAGAUCGAAAACCAAAUUGACAGAAAAAAUCCUUAAAGCUGCUAAAAAUUUGGUGGUUAUUGGUUGUUUCUGUAUUGGUACCAAUCAAGUUGAUUUGGAAUUUGCUGCCAAGUCCGGUAUCGCAGUUUUCAAUUCUCCAUUUUCAAAUUCUAGAUCAGUUGCUGAAUUAGUCAUUGCUGAAAUCAUUACUUUGGCCAGACAAUUGGGUGAUCGUUCAAUUGAAUUACACACUGGAACUUGGAAUAAAGUCAGUGCCAAAUGUUGGGAAAUCAGAGGUAAAACUUUAGGUAUUGUAGGUUAUGGUCAUAUUGGUUCUCAAUUAUCUGUCUUGGCUGAAGCCAUGGGUAUGAAUGUUAUUUAUUACGAUGUUUUAACUAUCAUGUCCUUGGGUAACUCCAAACAAGUUGAAAGUUUAGAUGAAUUGUUGAAAAGAGCCGAUUUCGUCACUUUGCACGUCCCAGCCACUCCAGAAACCAAGAACUUGUUGAGUGCACCACAAUUUGCCGCUAUGAAAGAUGGUGCUUACGUUAUAAAUGCUUCUAGAGGUACUGUUGUUGAUAUUCCAGCUUUGGUUCAAGCUAUGAAAGCCGGAAAAAUUGCUGGUGCUGCUUUGGAUGUCUACCCAAAUGAACCAGCAAAGAAUGGUGAAGGUUUAUUUAGUGACAGUUUGAAUGACUGGGCUAGUGAAUUAUGUUCAUUAAGAAAUGUGAUUUUGACUCCACAUAUUGGUGGGUCUACUGAAGAAGCUCAAUCUGCUAUUGGUAUUGAAGUCGGUAAUGCCUUGACCAAAUACAUCAACGAAGGUGCUUCUCAAGGUGCCGUCAACUUCCCAGAAGUUUCAUUGAGACCAUUGGAUUUGGAUCAACAAAAUGUUGUCAGAGUAUUAUACAUCCAUCAAAACGUUCCUGGUGUGUUGAAAACCGUCAACAAUAUCUUGUCCAAUCAUAAUAUUGAGAAACAAUUCUCAGAUUCCCAAGGUGAGAUUGCUUACUUGAUGGCCGAUAUUUCUGAUGUUGAUAUCAGUGAUAUACAGUCAUUGUAUGAGCAAUUAGAACAAACUCCUUAUAAGAUUGCUACUCGUUUGUUAUAUUAA